AUGUGUAAGCAGGCCAGCUCAGCACAGCUCCAGCAACUAUCAUGGAUGUGUAAGCAGGCCAGCUCAGCACAGCUCCAGCAACUAUCAUGGAUGUGUAAGCAGGCCAGCUCAGUACAGCUCCAGCAAAUAUCAUGGAUGUGUAAGCAGGCCAGCUCAGAACAGUUCCAGCAACUAUCAUGGAUGUGUAAGCAGGCCAGCUCAGCACAGCUCCAGCAACUAUCAUGGAUGUGUAAGCAGGCCAGCUCAGCACAGUUCCAGCAACUAUCAUGGAUGUGUAAGCAGGCCAGCUCAGCACAGCUCAUGCUUGGUUCGUCUCAGCUCUGUGAAAAUGACUAUGCGGUGGAGUACCGCACGCUAGCAGCAGAGGGUACCUGGAAUAUGGAACCGCUGUUCGACAUGUUCCUGCACGGAUUAUCGGAGGAGAUAAAGGAUGAGCUGGCAGCCCGAGAACUACCAACCGAUCCCGACUCACUCAUCGCUUUAACCAUCCGGAUCGAUGCGCUGGACGGGCGCUCUGUAGGACGGGUCACCCACCAGACCACCCCGGUCAACCUACGAGUGUCAGGGAACCACAGCGAGACAAUCCAAUUCCUGCUGGUUGAGUCUCUGCAGGUUCCCGUGGUAUUGGGAUUAUCUUGGCUCCAGCAACACAAUCCCUCCAUUGACUGGGCUGCUGGUGCCAUCGUGGGCUGGAACCUGUCCUACAUCCCCGGAAACCGAGACCUCGCGCUCCAAGAUCAUUAUCCCCUCUGCUGCCACCCCGUCUCAUCGACGGCCGACCGGCGUACAGGUGCCAGCACCCCCGCUCAGCCAGGUAUGCGCCCAGGCGACGCUACAUCCGCUGUGACCUUUGACAUUUCCAAGGAGGGCAGUGAGCUCUCAGUGGUGGAGCAGGCUAACGUGUGGCUUUUCCUCAAGCUGGCCAAGGGGCGAGGCAAGGGCAAGGUGAACAUACAGCUUCUGCAGCACCGCCGGCAGAAGACCAAAGCACCAGGCUUUGCCUUCAACGAGACCCAGGGCGAGGAGGAGGAGUUGGUGUCUGAGAAGAUGGUGGACACGAGGCGCAGCGGCUGGCACACGCUCCCCGUGUCGCACAGCAUCCAGUCCCUCCUGGACACCGGUGGCAGCAUCAUUGAUCUACGAGUCUCCUGCCCGCAGUGCACCGAGGCGGGCGCCACACCCAUCUUGGUUCACACCGAGGGCGAGCAACCGGGACGGGAGAGGGACCAAUCCCACCGGCCUUUCCUCAUGGUCGUAUUGCGGCCCGGCAUGGAGGAACAUGCUCGCCGACGCGCCAAACGUGGCCUGGAGUGCGACGGAAAGAUGCACAUCUGUUGCAAGCGGCAGUUCUAUGUCAACUUCAAGGACAUCGGCUGGAACGACUGGAUCAUCGCGCCGCCGGGCUACCACGCCAACUACUGCGAGGGCGACUGCCCCAGCCACGUGGCCAGCAUCACGGGCUCCUCGCUGUCCUUCCACUCCACUGUCAUCAACCACUACCGAAUGCGGGGCUACGCGCCCUUCCAGAACACCCAGUCGUGCUGCGUGCCCACGCGGCUACGCGCCAUGUCUAUGCUCUACUACAACGAGGAGCAGAAGAUCAUCAAGAAGGACAUCCAGAACAUGAUUGUGGACGGGUGUGGCUGCUCAUAAGAGACAGUGAAAGAGAGCAGAUAUAUAUAUAUAUAGACUCACCAAUAACAAGAAGACACCCGUUGGGAUGAUGGGCCGUUUAUCCCUUCAAACAAAAACAAAUACCUUUCUUGGGGAGUCAUGUAAAAAAUUUGUUGACUGACUGAUCUGUCCGUUUCGUCUGAUUAUCCAAUGGGAAAUUGUGAAGUCUCUGUGGCACUUUCAGAUUAAAAAAGGAGAAUACAGAAUAUAUUUUUGUUGAAUGGAGAGCAAGAGUGGGACUACUUAUGUGAUUCCUGCUUCUCUGCACUGCAAUGAACAUGGGAAUAAUUUUCCCUGAAAGAAAAAACUAUGCAACUGAUCAAGUAUUACCGUGUGGUCUUUUUAAUGUUUCUUUACACAUUAUGGUUAUUAUGUUUUGAUUUAUUUUUUAAUGUUUCUUUACACAUUAUGGUUGUUAUGUUUUGAUUUAUUUUUUCAUUUGUAUAUAUAUAUAUAUAUAUAUAUAUAUAUAUAUAUAGACUUUUUUGUUGCUAAUUUUUUUGUUGUUGUUUUUGUUCGCGUCUGUGUUUCAGUUGUUUUGUAUUGUUACUGUUGAGAGAUACUUGAAAGAAAUAGGUUUGACCAGCUACUGGAGCCAAACACUUUUAUAAUUAAUAACACGUUUUUUUUUAUUAUUAUUAAUAUUUCUGAACUAUUUUGUCUUUUUACAUGAAAAACAAUUAUUCAUGUUGAGAUUUGCACUAUACCAACAUUCUUGCCAGCUUGAUCACAUUGACGGUAAAACACCAAACAGAUGAAAAGACAGACUUCUAAAAACAUAUGAAGAGUUUUUUUUCCAACAUUGUAAAAAAAAAAGUUGUAUUUAUUAGCUUUUAUAUUUGAAAGAACUUCUGAAAGAAAUUGGGUUGAGUCUAUCCUAAUCAUGGCAUGGAGUUCAAUGACAGAAAUCUAUCACUUGAUGGUUUAUUUCAGUGACAAAUAAUCAUGUAGUUUAGCUAAAAGUAGUAUUGCUAGGUUUUACACAGUCAAAUGUAACAAAUAACUAUGUUUUUUGAUAUAUAUAUAUAUAUAUAUAUAUAUAUAUAUAUAUAUAUAUAUAUAUAUAUAUAUAUAAUAAUGAACUGUACAAAUGUUACGUAUGACAUCAAUACUUAAAUAUAUGAAACAAUACUAAUCAGUAGAGUAAUAUGAGAUGUGUAUGUAAAACAUUUACAUUUGACCUUUUAGUAAUUUAGCAAAUACUCUUAUCCAGAGUGACUUCAUCUUAAGAUAUCUAGGUGAGACAUCCACAUAUCACAGUCAAAUAUACAGGAUCUGAACAUUACAUUCCACCUAAACAAUGGAUAUCUAUACUUAUAUAUAUAUAUAUAUAUAUACUUAAAAUAUUUAAAUGAAACAUCUGAGAACACGUGAAGGUACCCAUAAACAAUCAUUUCUGAUGAAAAAAAACACAAAUGUGAAAAAAUUGGUGGAUAUAACAUUUUUGGAAAUAAACUCUUCAUAUACAUUUAUAUCAUAUACAUAUACAUCAUACACACUACAGUUACGGAACAUAGUCUCUCAAUCAAAGUAACACCAAAGACAGGAGCACCAUUAGCUUUCAAGUUGAGCAGUUUACCAGAAGGACAAUCUCUACUGAAGCGUCUCGAUUAAUAUUCCUAACAACUAGCGAUGACAAAGACAAACAACACUUUGAUGUAGGAUGAAACAUACACUUAAAAGUCCUAAAAAAAAAAAAAAAUUCUGACGGUUAAAUGAUUUUUUUUUUAAAUCCCAUAAUUUUCUUUCUUCAACAAUUCUUUCAAUGCCAUUUUCUUGUUCUAAAUGACAAAAUUGAAAUUGGAGAACAGUGUAGUUGUAGACAUGUAAUAUAUAUGAUAAUAAACAUACUGUAUAACAUGAAAUGUCAUAAAUAACAAAUACAUAAAGAUCAUUGAAUGUGUUUUAAUUUGGUGAAUUAUUCUUCCAUUGACAAAAGAGAAGACUCUGAAAACAUUUGGACAUCUUUACAUACUCUUAAGUUACUGAACAUACGGUGUUAUAUUACUUUGUUGUACAAACCACAAAUGUCACUUGUGGAUAUGUUUUUAUAUAAUUUAUUUGGCAGAAAUGUUUGCUUCAUUAUUAAACACAAUGA